GCUCUUAUGGGAAACCCCUUUUGCUCGUAGCAUUUCUUCUUCUGGAAUCACCAUAUUAUUGAUACGAUUAUUGUGAUGGGUUUUCUGGAUUUCUUCGCUGACCUCUGCGACUGGCCCCAACAUGAUAGUAAGAAGCUCAAGAAAAGCAAGCAACUUAAGACGGUGGAAAUUAAAGUGAGAAUGGACUGUGAAGGAUGCGAGAGAAAGGUGAAGAAGGCAGUGGAAGGCAUGAAGGGAGUGGCCAAGGUAGAAGUGGAGCCCAAGCAGCACAAGCUUACGGUCACUGGAUAUGUAGACCCAAACAAGGUCUUGCAACGUGUGAGACAUCGGACGGGGAAGAAGGCUGAUUUCUGGCCUUACGUACAGUAUGAUUUAGUGGCCCGUCUGACAAGAAAGCCCCACCUAAUUAUAAUGUAUUUGUUACUUGUGGCAGCUCAAUUUAGGCCAUGUUAAGUUUAUAUAUUUACCUUUUCUUGUUUGGUUAGCAUCUGAUAAGCUUAAUUAUGGUUUUAAGGUUACACACAGAGAUUGGUGAGUUGACGCAUUAUAGUUUC